GCAGCGUCUUACAGCAGGGGAUGCCAGGCUGCGCCCUGAUUCCCGACGUUCCUUCCUCCUCGCUCAUCUCUCUCCGACCCUCUCGCUCGACAUUGAAUCACCUUCAACCGCCUCCCAUCCUUACAAGAUGGAAGAACCACCAGCCAGCUCCGUGUCGUCAAUCAAGUCUCGUAUUGCAGCCUUGAACUUGGAGGAAGUCCACGCCCCAGCUCCGGGCACACGCCCAGCCUAUCGCUACGAGCAAGCCGCGCCAAAGAAAAAGCCACCACCGCCUCCUCCCCCAUCGCAGAGACCUCCCCCCCAGCAGAGACAUCAAACCGUCAACAACCCUCCGAUUUUUAGCAAUGCUCCUACCUCAGUCCGACAACCAGGAAAUCAGCCUAUUGCUGCCAAACCAGAUACCCCAAAGAUCCAGCCCGCUCUUCCUCCACGACUACCUCCCCGCACCUCUUCAACCUCGUCUCAACAAGCACCGGUCUUACCUCCUCGAAAGUCCCCAGAAAACAGUAUCAAAAGGCGAGAUUCUACUGAGUCUGUAUCUACGAUAGCGUCAGGCCGAUCUACAUGGUCGGUCGGCUCCGCCAAGACAAACCUGAGUGGUGCAUCAGGCAAUGCAUCACUUCAUCAAGUUCGAGCACCGUUGUACGAUCCUUCCAAGCUCCCUCCUCUUCCGCCUAAGAAAGCGCCUGAUGAACCAACACCAAUUCGUGCCGCCUUAAAAUCAACCAAGUCCUCACCCAACGUCGUGCCAGACAGGAAAUUACCUCCGAUUUUACCCUCCAGGCCUCCUCUACCGGCAAGACAAGAUUCUACAUCCCAAGAACAUGCACAACCAAACAAGGCACAAAUUAUUCUACCCCCAAGACGCCCUGCGCUCUCGUUUGGACUGAAUAAAUCCACAGAAGGCCCUCCACCUACUUCCGCAAACAGACCUUUGGAACAUGGAACUCCAGCACCAGGACCGCCUCCACCUAUCCCGCUUGCGUCUCGCCCUAAUCUGGAUCAAAUCAUGGCAUCAAAGCCGAAGCCUUCUGCGACGACCUCAUGCCUCAAGUGCCGUGAUUUUUCCGGGCCGGACAACCACGCUGCGCAAUAUUCUCGUCAGAAUCUGCCAUCAUCCGAUGUUACUUGGCUAGCGACCCAACUUACCUCUCCAUUCCCUUCCCUCACCGAUAAAGCACGCGCCAUCUUCACGUGGCUACAUCACAACGUAGAAUACGAUACUCACUCUUACUUCGGUGGGACGAUCUCUGGGACUACUCCAGAACGGACGAUCACAACCGGUCUAGCAGUAUGUGAUGGCUAUGCUGGUCUUUUUGCCACUCUAGCGCUCAAGUCCGGUUUGGAGAGUGUAAAAAUAUCUGGCCAUGGAAAAGGCUAUGGACACCAUCCUCUCGAUCCAGGAGCAUCCAUUCCACAAUACAGCAUGAACCACGCAUGGAAUGCUGUCCGUAUCGACAACGGGGAGUGGAAACUGAUUGACGCAUGUUGGGGUGCUGGGAACGUCAAAGGUCCGUCUGACCCAUACGAGAAAUGCUUUAAGCCACAGUGGUUUACCAUGGACAACAACGAGUUUGGUUGCAGUCAUUUCCCACCAGACAAUUCGCAGCUCUUCCGCACUGAUGUCCGGGCGUUCACUUGGGAGGAUUACAUGCUUGAAGACGUAGGCGAGCGUCUUACUGUCUAUACUCCCGCGACGACAGACCAUGGCCUUGGGGAGCGGACCUUCCAGCCCGCUGCCAAGCAUAUCAAGUUAUACGACCCUCAAAGUGGGCCGACGAUUAGAUUCUCGUUCGCCAGUGUCUGCCCUCAUUGGGACAACGAGAAGCAUGGUAAAGGCAAGCCGUACGUUAUGGUACUCCACAUCGGCGGUAGGGAUGGCAGGAAGACGGAUUGGGUACCUUUCCAAACCGACGGAAAGGUGUUUUGGCUGGACGUAAACAGGACGGAUCUUGGUGCCCCCGGUCAAAAAGUGAGCGUCUUUGCCGUGACCUCGUUCAACGGGCGAGACGGGCGCGGUCUCAGUUAUCCGGAAUUUAAGUCCAAAAAGGGCAAAACGGCAAUGGGCUUCGGUGGCGUUGCUAUGUGGGAACUGGUUUGACAUAUGGGUAUACGGCCAUGCAUAGGGAUGGAUGGGAUACCCCCGGGAUCUAAUAGGCGGUUGUUAAAAUUAUUUUUCCAACUUUCACGGAACCGCCUACUGGCGCAAUAAUUGGAGUACAAAGUACUUUGAUCUAUCAACCUCUGUAUUAGAACAAUGGAGGCUGUCAGUAAAGCAGUAUUUCGUCAG